GUAGCGGAAUUGCAGUGCACUGGACUGUACAGAACUGGGUAGCAUCCACACUGUCUAUGAGGGUGCGGCUGCACUGAGAGCAACAAUACUGACAGAUAAAGAGAGAGAGAAGGAAUAAGAAAGAAGAGGAGGGAGCGAUAUCACCACAAGAGGAAUACAGCAAGGGAUGAAAGGAGACACCCCUGUGAACAGCACCAUGAGCGUCGGUCAGGCCAGGAAGCUGGUGGAACAGCUGAAGAUUGAAGCCAGUUUUUGUCGAAUCAAGGUGUCUAAGGCAGCGGCGGACUUGAUGGCCUACUGUGAUGCCCAUGCAUGUGAGGACCCUCUCAUCUCCCCUGUGCCCACUUCAGAAAACCCCUUCAGGGAGAAAAAGUUCUUCUGUGCUCUGCUCUGAGCAGCACACAGGAAGGGCAGGAUUCUGAUUUACAUGAUAAUGAUUUGUGCACACACAUUAUACAACACAACACUCAACGAGACAUGACACAGCUAAAUAAAUUCCAAAUUAAGCUUUAAUAAAUGCAAAGUGGAAUUCUGAAUUCCAGCGAUUGACCGCGCAAAGACCAAAUGUACAAAAUCAUGCUUGUGAGGAUAUUUUUAUUCUCCUGUUUUUUUGGGUAACCCUGUUCCUUUUCAUUAAGGGGACAAAACAGCAUCAAGAUUGAUGCAGGUUGAUUAGAUGAAACACACACUGAUACACACAUAUGCAAGCACACAGUUUUUUAAUCAAGCAAAGGAAAUAGGUGUGGGUCUGGAUAUUUCAAUAAUUUCAAAUUGUCUUAUAUUCGAGACAUUCGUUAUGUUCUUCACAUAGCAUACUAUGGCGAUUUACAAAUUCUGUAUGUAUAUUUUGAUUUUUUUAAAUGUUUUGUUUGAAGGGUCUAUGUACACUGGUAGAGUGUUAAGAUACCACAAGAGCAUAGCACUCCUAAAGAGGUUUGUAAAAUGAAAUUGAUGUCCUAAAACCAAUUUAAUUUUUCCGACCACAAAAGCAAGUGGUAUCUAGUCUGGAAAUUAGCAUAAAAAUCUAAAUUACUGAAGAAAAAUGUAAAGAGAAUAUCUAUUACAACUUGUGGUCCCAAGUAAUGGAUUAAAAUAAUGCAGACAGAAUCCAAUGAAGGAAUGAAUAAAACUUUUAAACACAACACAA